CAUAAACGUCUCAGCUAGCAGAGGUCCAACAUGAAGGAACAGAACGGUAUUGAGGACACAAAAGCAUUAUCUCCGAAAUUUACUUUUAAUCCAAAGGAAGGGAUCGAUAAUCCUGCCUUGGUCAUUUGUGACGACGUAGAAUUGUCAAUCUCGCUCAAGCCCAGAGUCUGUGUUUUGAGUAAGAAGGAUAAGGAAGUGUUUGGUUUCUACUUGCGAGAGGAGAAUGGGAAGCUGGGACAUAUCAUCAGGAAUGUGAAGCCAGGCAGCUAUGCUCAGUACGCUGGGCUCUUUGAUGCUGACAGGGUAUUAGAGGUAAAUGGGGAGUACGUGGACAACACCGAACAUUUCAAGGUGGUAGAGAAAAUAAGGCUAAGUGGGAACAAAGUCACCUUUCUGGUUGUUGAUGGGACUACCUAUGAAGAUGCAAAAAUGAGGAAUCUGAACAUUGCAGAGCUUAUACAGUCUGAUAUCCAGGCCCCGUGUGACAAAUCACGAAUGUGUUAUGUGGAAAGAGGCCCAAAUGGGUUUGGCUUUGAACUGUGCUCUUCCAAAGGUGCCAAGGCUCCAUUUACAUUGAGCGUCCAUUCCAAAGGACCAGCAGAGAAAGGUGGAGUGAAGUCAGAGGACACACUGAUUGAAGUUAAUGGAGUCAACGUGGAAGAUUGCACCUAUCGACAAGUUGAGAAACUGAUGAAACAAAGUGGAGACUCAGUAACUUUAUUGGUUGCUGAUCAGAGGACACAUGCUUACUAUCAAGCCAAAGGCAUCAGGAUUAUUCCAGCUAUGGCCUGCUUCAAACACUUGCCAUUCAAGCCACGAAAACUCUAUUUGGUGAAAGGAAGUUGUGGCUAUGGAUUCCUGUUGAAAACCGAGAGAAAAAUGUCAGGGACGUACGCUCAGUCUUUGUGGGAAGUGGAUGCUGGAAGUCCAGCAGAGAGAUGUGGGAUGAAGGAAGGAGACCAUCUGCUGGCUGUAAACAGGGAGAGCAUUGAGGGACUACAUCAUGACGCGGUGGUGAGGAAGAUCAGGGAAAGUGGCAAUCAAGCCACCUUCAUAGUCAUCAGUUCUGAAGAAGAUAAUUAUUUCACAUCUUUGGGUUUGUCCCCUUUAAUUUGUAUGAAUGAUGAUGUUGAAGAACAAAUGGAAUCGAAACAGACAACUGAGAGCCGUUUGCCACUUGAACAAGCUCCCCCUUCUCUGUGCCACUCCACAGCUCAACAAGCAACUGGUCCCAAAGCAAGGCUUUGCCAUUUGGUGAAAGGCUCAUCCGGAUAUGGAUUUCAAAUUUACUGCAUCACAGAUGAGCCUGGAAUUUAUAUCCAAGAGGUUAUCCCUGAAGAUGUUGGAUACAAAGCGGGACUCCGGGGUGGUGAUAUGGUGAUUGAGGUAAAUGGAAUGAACAUAGAGAAGGUCUGCUAUGAAGAUGUUCUUGAGAAGAUAAAAGAAAAACAGCAUGAAGUGACUCUUCUGGUCAUGAAUAAAAAGGAUUAUUGGUACUGCAAGGAUAACGACAUCCCAAUUAGCAGAGAAUCAGAGAACCAUGAAACCAGCAAAGCUGAGAGUAUGGAGAAAAGGAUUGUCUCCAGCACUAGCACCAGGAAAGAAAACAAAUAAAACCAUCAAACAAGACAACAAUGUUCAUCUUGUUAACAAGGUUUUUCAGCUGAAGGACAGCAAUUCAUUUUGCUGAAGCUGCGCAUGUCAAGCUGACCAUUCCAAGAAACUCUUACCUGCUAUAACAGACAAAGACACUGGAGAGCUCAGUGCAUUUUAUUAAUCCCUGGAAUUAUCGAGAUGGAAGGAUGCAGUUUAAAUAAACUUGCUUUUUUAAAAAUUUCUAAAACAAAGGAUCACAGAUCAUCACACUUCAAACUCAUGGUUUUAUUUUGACAAGAGUUAUCCGUUCAGUUUGGAAGAACAAUUUGGAGUGCAUUUCUUAAGAGUGAUUAUGCACUUACAGCACAGUGAGAACGAAAUGUGCUAACUGGCAUCUGAGGGAGCAGACAGGUGUUUAAUGUUCAGUAUUCUGACAAUCUGCUUUCCUGGUUGCUAAGGAGUCAGCAGUGGUAUAAUGCCCUCUGACUUUCUGCUCUCUGGUGGGUGUACCCCAUUACUCCUGAAGACUUGUCACUUUGGGAAACUGUAUUACUAUG